AUGGAGCUUUGCAACAACGCAUACUGCCAUCGACUGAGGGAUGCCCUCGGAAACAACUAUUGCUAUGCUGGCAUGGUGUCGAUAGGUGACUACCAGGUAGUUGAGGCGACGCUAAGAAGCGGACAGUCUCGAACGGCGCUUCUCGGGGCGCAGGCCUUGACCAAUCUGCCAAAAGUGGACCGUGACAUCUUCUUUUUGCAGAUGCCGAAUCUGGAUGUGAACUCCUUGCACGAGAGGUUCGUCGCAUGCUUCAAGCACUACAUGUUCAGUGAGGGGUUUGCAGAACGGAUGAAGUCCGAGAAGGCAGCACGGCUGUGGGCACAGCUGGCCGAGGACUACCGGCGAAUGCCGCAUGGGCCUGGUGAAGAGUUCCACAAAGCCUCAGACAAAGGUCUACGGGGCUUUUUCAUCAGGUAUUUCUUCUACGUGAUGAUCGGCCUCGAUCCUGAAGACCCUGAAGUGAUGAGAACGCUUGUACCGCUUAUGCAGGGCGAUACCCCGAUUGGUUUCGCGUACUUGUGGCCAAUGGCGAGGUUGGGAAUUCUGAACGGCUAUAUUAACGAGAUAGAUUCGAGGAUAUACAACAGCCCUGCCCUUUCAGACUUCACAGAAGGUGAAGAACGCUAUGGCAAGAUGUCAAAGCUGGAGCUGGCGAGGCUGUCAACCUGCAUCUUCAGAUUGGCAGCGAUCACUGGCACGCUUCAGCUGGCCAAGUCCAUUACCGGCGGUCUGAAGCUGCCGGACUACAAGGACAUGGACAAAAUUGACAUACCGUCACAGUGGGACAAGCUUGAUCUCAAGGACGAUGUUGCCUUGCAGAAUUUCUGCUACGAG